GUGGGUUGCGCACCACAAAGAGCUCCUGCAGCCCUUUGCCAGCCGGAUCGUGGAGGCCAUUUGGAAUUUGCUGGUGGCUCUUGACGAUCGCGACGAGAACGAUCCACUGGUCACAUCCGGCCUGGGGGUCUUAUCCGCCGUGGCUUGUCAGGACUGGGCACCGAGCCCCUUCGAGGAUCCCAAGGUGUUGGCCGCCUUGUGCGAGCGCCUAGUGCUCACGAAUCUCUCACUGCGCGAGUCCGAUCUCCGCCUUUUCCAUGAAGACCUCCAGGAGUUCAUCGCGCGCGACGUGGAGGGCUCGGACCGGGACACGCGGCGCUGGGCGGCUGUCGACCUCGUGAGGUCCCUGCGCCGUCGGCAUGACAAAGAGAUCUGCGACGUUGUCGUGGCUUCUGCCGGGCGCCUACUCCGCGAAGCGGCCGUGGCGGACGAGCGAAAGGUUGCCAUCUACAAGCAUGCCUGUAUUCACCUGGUAAUCUCCAUGGCGGGCUCGUCGGCGGGCAAGACCAUCAGCACUCCUGGAGGCAUCGCCGGAGAAUACUUUCGGGACCAGGUGGCUCCCGAGAUCCUGUCGUCGGGGACUCCGCAGACGUCGGAGGGCAUCCUCUUCAAGGCGGCUUGCUUGAAGUAUGUGACGGUGCUGCGGAACAUCCUGUCAGUCGAAAUGGUCCGUGGAAUUCUGCCCGUGCUCCCGAACUUGCUCCAGGCGCAGCACCCACUGCUCCACACGUACGCAGCCAUCUGCGCGAACGUACUGACGAUUGUGCAAGAUCGCUCCGAAGGUGGGCCUUGGAAGCCGCGCUAUGAUCAGCCUACCCUUGGCCCGGUGGUGCUGCAGAUGAUGCCGCAACUCCUCCGCCUCGUUGUGGAGGGGGGAAGCGUGGCCCACAACGAGCACCUGCCGCGGGCCCUCAACGCCUGGAUGGCAUUCUUGGGCUCCUCGCUUCCCGCCGACCUCGCCUUGGCCGCGCUGCGUGGGCUUUCGGCCUCGCUGGCAUCUCCAUCGCUUCGCGGCGCGGACUUCAUCCACAGCACCUUCGAGUGCCUCGCGCAAACGAUGAAGGCAGUUUUCGCACGUGGCGGAGAAGAUGCUGUCGCGGCCGAGACAGCCGUGCAAUCCUUGGCCCUUCGCCUCUGGGAAAGUCAGGCCGAAGAGCUGCUGCCCUACUGCUAUCAGAUCCUGGGCCUGCUGCUGGAGCUCGUGCCCGCAGAGCGGAAGGUGGUUUUCGCAGAGCUUCUGCCAAAGGUACUGGCGCAAGAACUCUGGCAG